AUCACCUGCAUUGUCACAGUUCACCUCAACACUUCAAGUGAGAAGCACCAGCUUUAAGAAACAUACAACAAUGAAGACCGUCGCAGUUUUGUGCCUUUGCGCCGCAGUAGUGAUGGGACUGCCGUCCGGCGACCGGUCGCUGCCGGCGGUGGAGCACAUCGACGAGCGCGACGAGCUCGGACAGUACUCGCUGCGCUACGUCACCGCUGAGGGCACGGUGGUGUCCGAGCGCGGACGCUUCGUCCCCGCGGCGGACGGCGGCCGCGUGAUUACUUACGAGGGCGAGUUCACGUUCAUCGGCGAUGACGGCAAGACCUACGUCACCAAGUACACGGCCGGCGCCGAAGGCGGGUACAAGCCAGAGGGCGACCACCUCCCCGUCGCACCUGAAGUCCCUGAUGUACCUCUACCUGAAGCGCCUAAGGCUGAAGAGCCCAAGAAAGAUGAACCCGUUGUUUGAAAAUCUGCAUUUUAGGAAUCAUUAAACUGAUAAUUUAUUACA